CGCCAAUAGCGGAUAAUAAACCGGAGCAAAUUGUACCGUUUCCCUCGAGAGUGAGAAAUGUUGUUGCAUUUCUUAAGUCUGCAAAUUGCCAGCAGCACUUAGCUAACGUAACAUUGUUAGAACAAAUGGUGGGUAAGUUACCGCAUAACCGACAGUUCGACUGGGCGAAGCAUGCUGCGAAUAUACAACCGUAUCCAUCAGUUAAACAUUUUUCUGAGUGGCCUAGCGAGUUGGCUAAAAUAAUUUGUCUUAUGCCGACGAUCAGCACGCAGAGUGGCAGGCAGUCAGCAUCAUCGGGCAAUCCUCGUCGACUGAUGCAUAUUGAGCGGCCAAAGGACUCACUUACUUGCUAUCAGUGUAGUGGUAAGCACAUGCUACCACAGUGUGAUGCGUUUAAGGCAAGAAGUAUUCAAGAGCGGUGGGACCUGGUUAAGGCGCAACAGCUUUGCUUUUCGUGCCUACGCAAGGGGCACACAAAAGUGUUGUGCAAGAAGGAGGUGUAACAUAAGUGGCUGCCAGCGCUAUCACAACCAGCUACUCCACAACGAAGAUGCAACAAUGCAGAUGCUACGCCGAACUACACGAGAGGAUGUCAUUGUGCAGACACUACUAAAUUUUCAAGAAACAUAAAGCGCACAUGGUCAACUGUUUAAAAUAUUGCCAGUCAACAUAUAUGGACCGAAAGGUAAGCGUGAGAUAUUAGCGAUGUUCGACGAGGGUUCGUCAAUUUCAAUAAUGGAAGAGGAAGUGGCCAAGCUAAUCGGAGCCCAGGGUUGCCUGCAUCCACUUACGCUGCAGUGGUAUGACAACAACGUUGUUACCGAACAAACGCAUAAAAUAAGAAUUGAAGUUGAGAAUUGCGCGGCGAAGAGGAAGUUUCUACUGAAGGAGGUAUAUACGGUUAAGAACCUGAACCUGCCAGAGCAGUCUAUGGCCAAGGAAAAUUUUCAGCAUUUGAGAGAUUUGCCGAUAAAAAACUACUGUCGUGCGAAGCCAGUUUUGCUCAUCGGGCUAAAGCAUGUAUACCUUGGUGUGACCUCAGCAACAGUGCAAGCCGACAUCGACAGCCCGCUAGCUGUAAAAACACUACUAGGCUGGGUCGCGUACGGCCCAACCAAGCUACCUACAACAUUGAAUCCCCGUGUUUUGUUGGUGAAAGAAUAUCAGCAACUAAACGACUUAGUACAAGAGUACUUCGCAGCAGACAGCUUUAGAGUAAAGCAAUGGCCGAAAAACGCUUACUGACAGUGGAGCGCCAAAUGAAGAACGAUGCCGAGUUUGGUACACGAUACAAACAAGAGAUGGCUAAGUACGUGAUCAAAGGGUAUGCAAGAAAGUUAAGCCGUGAAGAAGCCAGAGAGCCACACCAAAAUGCUUGGUACUUACCUCACUUUGCCGUAUUCAACCAGCAUAAGCCCGAAAAGACGCGAA